CGGCACAAUUUUACCACUGGCCACCGAGUACAAAUGCAAUUCAGUCAUCGUCAAUAGCACCAAGCGUUCCUUGCCCAGAGCUGUCUUCACUCCGAAAGACUCCGCCCCCAAAACAAACAGUAAUGAAGCAGAUGAGAAAAACUCUACCAGUUUAACAUCCCUUGUGCAAGUUUACAAAGUGGCACUUUUUAACGGAGAUAUGAAAGGGGUGUCAAAAGUUGAGGCUAUGAUGUGCCAGAUCGAAAAGGAGAAAACCAUGUUGGCUGAGAGGGUUUCUGCUUUGUCUGAUGAAAUUAAAUCGGGGAAGGCAAAAUAUAUGCGGUUGCAAGCAGAUUUUGAAAAUUUCAGAAAACGAUACGAUAAGGAGAAAUCAACAAUUAGAAGUGAUAGCGAGGCAGAAAUAAUUGAGAACCUCUUGCCAAUUGUGGACACUUUUGAGAGUGCUAAGCAACAGGCUAAGCUAGAAACAGAGAGGGAGAAAAACAUAGACAAAAGUUACCAGGGCAUAUACAAGCAGUUUGUAGAAAUAAUGAGGAGUUUGCAAGUCACUGUAGUGCCCACUGUUGGCAAGCCAUUUGACCCAUCACUACAUGAAGCUAUUGCUCGAGAAGAAUCUAACGAGUUUCGGGAGGGAGUAAUAACUCAAGAAUACCGGCGUGGAUUUAGGCUUGGAAAUCGACUAUUGAGACCAGCCGUUGUUAAGGUUUCAUCUGGCUCUGGUAAUAGGAAACGCUGGCCAGUCCCACAGCAAUCUGUUGGGCAGCAGGGAGCAACUGAUGGAACUCAUGGAUGAAGCUGCUAAUCCUGCUAUGGCAUGAUAAUCAUAAUAUUCAAAAAUAUCUUUCCUGACAACUUCCCACUUCCCAGUGUGGCACUAUUUUGGCGAGUAUGUCAUUGCUAGUUGCUGUUGUAAACUUGUGUUAUAUAUACUUCAAUGAAUUUGAAGUAUUUUUCUCAAAGUAAUAUGUCAGGUGGUCAUUCAAUGUUGUAAGUCAUUUAAACGGUGUAUAGUUUUUUUGCUUCGGUUACAAACUUUGAUUCUUCGUUUCAUCAUGCUUGGGAUUUAUUUUAAUAUUAAUAAGCCAAUAGUUAAAUCACGCAUGUCAUUGUUUUUCUUAUUAAAGGUCCCAUUUCUCGUAA